UAUAUUUGUAUUUAUUCAUGUUAGCAAACUAUGGAUAAGCUUAAAAAGGGAAUAAUUUGGGUGGAACUGUGAGCUGGAUGUGGGGCCUGUUUGGACAUAUGUUUUUGAGGACAAAGGAAGAUGGGGGAAGGUGAAAGCAUGUCUUGAGUUGCCUUCAGUUUAGACAUGCUACAGUGAUUGGGGAAGCCUAAGGUCUAAGGGGUCUGUGAUAUUUGGGGCGGCCAAUCAAUGAUGUCCGAAUGGGAGGAUCUGAUAACUCCUCCCAUUGACACAGAGUAGAAACACAGAAACACAGGCGGUGUUCAGCCUCUUUCCUCUGGCUGGCUCACGUGCAGGUAAAUUCGGGAUCCCAAAGAUUAACUGUAUUGAAUUUGUACUGUAUUGAUUGUAUUAUUUUGUCAUAUUACCAUUAAAGUAGAUAUUGUUUACUUGGUGGCACUGGAUUUCUUCCUGUAUUAUAACCAGCUUCAUAGGAACGCGCGGAGAUUUGAAAAGCGGAUCAGAUAUCCCUUUUAAUCUCUAACAAGUGGUGACCCCGACGUCUAGAUAUAGCGAAGCUGAGGAAGAAUCCAGACGACCGGAAUGGGUCGAGAACAAACGCUUUCAAACUUCUCAGACAAUCAGCAGGGCCCUGCACAACUCUACACAAAGGUACAGACGCCUGUUAUGAAAUUCGACUGUCUGGAAUUGGAUACACUAAAAUUUUAGGAUUGUCUGUAGGUGUUUCACAGUGUUUUUUAAAGUUUAAAUGGAAUAUACAAUGCAUAUUUUACUAUGUUAGGAAAGUUAUAUACAAAACACAAACGUUGAUCGCCAGGUAGACCAAAAGUCCUGCGUAACGAAAAUAGAGCAGUUUGGCGCGGAUCUGCAGGUAGAAAAUUCCUGAGUGGCGUAGAGACGGGGCAGUUUGUGGGUGCGAGGUUUGACUCCUGCACGACAAAACCUGAAAACUCGAUAUAUAAGAUCGGGUCUCCGUCUAAAACUGGGGUAAAUAACAGACUAAGGCUGAAAGCUAAAAGCCAGAGUUCUGUUAUAUACCAAUCGAGGGAGAGAACGCGAACCUCACAAAAUAUUGUGACGGGACCGUCUCUCGUUUUCCCUUGGUCUGUAAACUUAAUUUGAAAAGCUAAACGUGUGAUAAAGGGCUUUUCACGACCUGGGAGUUCCCCAUGGAAUGGUCACAUUCUUUCAGAGUGUCGAAGCAUCAUUCGGGUCCACUAGCCUGUUGAAAUAAACAUCACAUUAUAAAAGCUGGACAAACUGUACGGGGAAUAAAUCUGUGUGAUUUUUCAAUUGUCUCCGGGGAUAAAAGAGGCACUCAGAAGAGUGAAGCUCAUUUGUGGUCUGCUGCUGCCAUCUAGUGGCUGAAAGGGGGUAACACACCCUUGACAUUUGUAUAUAUUUUAGCUUCAAACUUAGAGUUUCAUCAUUACAUUGCUGGCCGGUAUUGAAGACGGGAAGCACGUUAAUAAUAACAACGACAAUAGCCCAGUAUAUGAAUACAAGUGAACACAUAUUAAUUAAGUCGGAUAAAUAAAAGCGAAGUGAAUAUGGAACGACAGAAUGGUAAGGACUAUUCUGAAAUUCCAGGGAGUUACCGGGAGCAAUGGGAACAGAUUAAGAGAUUGAUUUUAAGUGGAAUCAAACAGGGGGCUAAAGAAAAGGCUUGUACGGAUCUCAGAUUCCUACACGAUACAAUGAUAACAGAGAAUAAAGUGGGGGAUGACGACACCGUAGGUAAUUUGGGCACAGCAUUGAAUUUAUAUGAAAGACAGAUUGUAAAGCAACUUGCACACCUAAACGAACAGAAGCCCAGAUGGUUUGCCCGUAGCAAAUGGAACAAGCAACAACAGGCACUAGAUAGAUUGAGGAGGGUUUGUCACAAUGCUGCCCUCGUAAUGAUUGGAAUUAAUAUUCCUCCCGUCACAGACCAAAAUCUCCCGGGUGCAAUGGCAAUCCAAAGCCCCAUAAAAACAGAUGAAGUUAAGACUCUUCUGUUCCCUCAUGGUAUUAAAGACACAGAGGUGCCUACACAUGGAGACAUUCUGGACUAUGUAGCAGAACGAGUCGAAUAUUUUAGAAGAAUGCAAAAUAAUGUUGUCUCUAACUCAGAGCAGAAAUCUCUAACUACGCCCAUACAAAAUCCGGCUAUUCCCACCCGCUCCUCUCUCCUUUACCCGGAUUUAGGUAGUCUGACUACACAGCCCCCUCCCCCUUAUACUCUACCCGACGACAGCGCAAAUAAAUUGCAAAUGAUGGUGGCAGAUACAUCGGACACAGAAGGAGAGGAGGCGGCCAUAAGCGUAGGGAACUAUAGGAUGGUGGGAACAGUAGCGUUGAGUCCGUUAAGGGGCGUCCCUACUCCAAAGAAAAGACUAAAUGUUAAACAAAAACAGGUUUCCUCCCCGUUAGACAGAAUGGACAGCGCACACACCACGCGGAGGCCUAGUUCUAACACAGACCAGGAGGGGGUUUCCCCGAGCAGGGACAGUCGACCACUUGAUAAGGAGCUCACCUCAGAAAAAUUGACUUCCCUUCUGACAAAUCUUACAGAUAACCACUCAGGCGCUACACAGGCAGACACAACAUACACAACUGACCUCCUAGAUGAGAGGGAAAUACGAGAAAGGCGGUGCUAUGAACAACAGAUUCAAGAUAGACGCAUGGAGGAAGACAGGAGACAGGAACAGAGCGGAUAUGAGGGCUCGCUAGAAGAUAUAGAGAAGGGGGAGAGAUGUGAUCCUUUUCAGAACAGAUCACGCCAAACGUAUACGUCUAAUUACCCAGGUGUUGAGGGGGGGGCAUCGGGCCAUGAAAGUGGGGAAGAGACGGCGAACCACAGAAGUGAUAGAAAGAUAGCGGGCCAUAAAAGGGAUAGGGAAACAGCAAGCCAUGAAACUGGGGGGUUUUACAAUGGAGCAGGUGGCCAGGGUCGUAAAGACAGCUCUCAGGAAGAGGAAGACAGCAGGAGGGCGAGGUGCAAAGUUAAGCAGAUAUCUCUGACAGGAACAAUAAGUGAACUAGUGGAAGUAGAUCAGGUUCUUUCAAUGCCCCGUAACAGAUUAAGGUCUCACCACACCGCAGAAGACCCCACCAAGCAUGCUUUUAUGUAUCCAGUAUUACAGGCGCCUUUAGUGGCCGCGCAAAACGGGAAGACGGCUUAUCAUCCUUUCACACUAGGGGACAUACAUGCGCUGAUCGAUAAAAUGCCGUUGCCUACUGAGGGAGGGAGACAUUGGAUGCGAAGGUUUGCGGACAUGGCUGUAGGACAGACUAUCUGUCUGGGAGAUUUCAGGAGAAUACUAGCACAACAGACUUCCUAUUAUGAGGUAGAAAGAGUUGAGGAUAGAUCAGGAACAUCGACAAUGAAAGAUGACGUGCCUAUUUCCUUUGACGAUGUUAACAUUUGAGGUCAGCAGCUCUGUGCCUGUGAGCCGGUCACAAUACCCGAUCAAGCCACAGGCAAAAGGGGGUGUUGACAAGGCAGUUGAGGGACUGAAGAAAGCAGGGGUGUUAGAACCCUCACAAAGCCUUUGGAAUACUCCCAUACUUCCUGUAUCAAAAUCUAGCGGGGAGUACAGAAUGGCUCAUGAUUUGAGAACCAUUAAUGCUAUUACGACUACAGCUCUGAUACCAGUUCCUAACCCCUACACGGCUAUCUGUAAUGUCUCACCUGAACAUACAUGGUUCACCUGUAUUGACCUAGCCAACGCUUUCUUCUGCAUACCUCUGGCAGAGAGUAUGAGACCUAUUUUUUCUUUUACAAUAGGAGGGGAGAAACUACAAUACACAAGACUACCACAAGGCUUCAGUUUGUCUCCAGGAAUAUUCAACAAAGUGCUCAGGGAACAGCUAGAGGGCGUUACAUUGCCAGUGGGAGUAGUAUUAAUACAGUAUGUAGACGACCUUCUCAUCGCAGCACCUUCUGCAGCCUCUUGUUUGGAGGCCACCAGACACCUACUGGUGCGCCUCCACACAUCAGGGUUCAAAGUCUCCAAGAAAAAGCUACAAUGCACCCGUAAAGAGGUGACAUUUUUGGGCAGAGUGAUUUCCCCAGCAGGCACGGGCAUGUCAGCAGCGCAUCAGGAACACAUUUUGAACCACCCGAAACCCAAGACAGUCAAAGACAUGUUGUCUUUUUUGGGCCUCACAGGCUACAGCAGACACUACAUCCCAGAGUAUAACCCAAGAACAGCUGAACUCAGAAAACUCAUCAACGAGAAAGGCAUGCGCAAUCUCACUGCCACACUAGACUGGACACAAGCGGCAGAAGCUGCGUUCAUUUCUCUCAAACAAUCCAUGUCUCAAGUCACGGCUCUCGCCGCUGCAUCCUAUGCAUUACCAUUCUUUCUUGAUGUUUCUGAAAAUGAAGACACAGUAAAUGGGAUUCUUUUUCAGAAAAAGGGGGGUUGUAGGACAAUAUUGAUGUAUGUCAGUGUUACACUGGACAGAGUGGAAAACAGAGAACCUCCCUGCAUGAGACACGCGGCAGGUACAGCACGUAUCUUAAACAAGAUUUCACACAUUGUGAUGGGCCAUCCUUUGACAGUACUGACAACACACAGCAUUGUCUCUUUUGUGAACUCAAGUGCAUUCACAAUGACUUCAACGAGACAAACAAGGCUGGAGAAAACUCUGACAAAGGCACACAUCACAUACACACACGAAGGAGUUAACAGCGCAGACACCAUAGGUAGCGGAGAGCCCCAUAGGUGUGAGGAAAGAAUCAUUCAAGAUGUGAAGCUAAGAAUAGAUCUCAGAGACGAGCCCAUCCCACAGGCAGAAAACCUGUUCACAGACGGCUGUUGUUUUAGACAUCCCCAAAACGGCCUCCAAGCAGCCUAUGCCGUGGUAAA